GAAAGUAUAAUCUGGAGGCCGUAAAUAUAGAGGUCCCGCUGAAACCCACCUGCCGCUUCCCGUUAGCGCAUUCUGGAACAUCGUCAUCUGGGGACCCCUGGCCUGGGCUCAAGCAACCACGAAAAAAAGGCGCGCGGGAUGGCGGACGGGGGAAAGCCGUUUUGGACGACUGCGGGGUUCCAGAAUUUUUUUGGAACAAUCCCAUUCCCUGGUGGGGUGGGGUUCAACUGAUUUUCAGAUCCAAACUUUUUUUCUUGCAUGCUUUCUGACUGAUAAUUUCUUACUUUCUCCCUCUCCCUUCUUUUGAAAACUGUGAACAUUAUCCCCCUCGUGUGAAUUCCCACGUCCCGAAAGAGAGAAGAGCAUUCGCUUAUCGGGUAUCAUCGCAGCGUCGUAAACAACCCCGCCUGAAACCGCAACUUAUAAAACCCCCCCACCAUUGCCUUCCAAGUAUCCGACGAGGACCCUCAUCAACGGUCAAACACCGACACAAAAAACCCAAGAAAACCAGUCAAGAUGGUCGAGAAGCUCUACGUCACGUACAACGAUGUACACAAACUCUGCCAAGAGUCCGCCAUCCCCAUCCUCUCCGAGUUCAAGCCCGACCUCAUGAUCGCCAUCGGCGGAGGCGGCUACGUCCCCGCCCGCAUCCUCCGCUCCUUCCUCAAGCAGCCCGGCAGCCCAAACAUCCCGAUCCAGGCCAUCGGUCUGUCCCUGUACGAGCAGCUCCCCAACGCGGCCGACCAGGUUGUCGAGCAGGUCGGCCACAAGGUCACACGCACCCAGUGGCUCGACCUCACGGCGCUGGGCUCCAUGAAGAACCUGGUCGGGAAGCGCAUCUUGAUCGUGGACGAGGUGGACGACACGAGGACCACGCUCGAGUACGCCGUCAAGGAGCUCCAGAAGGAUGUCGAGGAGGUGAGGGCCAAGCUUGGUGUGGAUGAGAAGACUGAGUUUGGAAUUUUUGUGCUUCAUAACAAGGACAAGCAAAAGCGUGGCACCCUCCCCGAGGAUGUCACCAACGGCCGCUACUGGGCCGCGAGGACGGUCGGCGACGAGUGGAUCUGCUACCCCUGGGAGGCCAUUGACAUUGACGAGCACGAUGCCAAUGCUGCUGCUGCCUUGGCCAAGAAGUCUCAGGCCUAA